AUGUCGCAAGCAAUGGCAGAUCUGCAGGACUCGGUUCGUAUCCAGGAGAAGCGGGGAAGGCUUCAGAUGCUGAGGAGCCAGAUCGAGCAACAAGAACUCUGCAACAAGAAGCAGGCAGACAGCAACAUGGCCAUGUCUGCCCGCAUGGAGGCACUCUGGGCAGCGACCUUCUUGUGUGCAGAUUCUCUUCUGGAGGCUGCGAAGUCAAAGCUUGACCGCGACACAUCCGGAUUGAUGGCCGCUCUCCCGAAGGAAAUGGGCGAAGUCGGGGGAAGACAGUCCAUCGUAGAUGUGCGGGGAGCGCCAAUACCAAUUCGAAUUGGGUCCUUCAGAUGGAACUUGGCAGUCCAGCUCAGUGUGCUUUUGGAUUUGAUUAUCUCGGAGAAGCUUGGAUAUGACAUGGCACCUAUUGAAUUCUUGGGAUUCCCUUCCAAUCAGGAUCUCGUCUUCAAACUUGCAGGCUGCGCAACAGCAGCAUGCAAUGAAACAGUUGAUGCAGUGCAUAUCAUCGUAGAUGCAUGUCCUGGAGACGCGGAGACGCUGGAGUUGUUCAGAUCCGCGCAUCCUGAGCGAGUUCCGGAAAACUUGGGCGGGAUGGGAUACACCUUCAGUUGGGGUAUUUACUUGAAAGGUUCGAUUCGAGAUGAAGCAUUUCGAGAAGCAGCUCUGCCUUUGGAGUAUUACAAGAACUACAACUCGAGAGUCCAUCGCCCACACCAAUUCUUUGAUGGCUUGUCAGACCUUGAUGUGGAGGACUUUAUCUUGUGUAACGAUUCCACGACUUAUGGAGACGAUUUCACAAAUGGGCCAGUUUGGUCGAAUUAUGUGCUUUGGACGGGAGAUAUUGAUGGAGUUAUCGAGACAUCAGACGGAUACGCGGCCAAAUGCCCUGACGGACGCUUUUGGCUGUCCCCUGCGUGUCGAAGCAACGCCUCUGAGUGCAUUCCAGUCUUAUCGGCUUUCGGAACUUUGGCCAACAUGCUGCAUUGGGCGACUGCUCACAAUCUUCCUUUUGCAUUUGGACGGCCGCCAAAUUUCAUAAAAUUUCAGGAACUGCUCCGGAAAUAUGACAUUUUGCACUAUUGGUGGGAGCCAGAUGAAGGCGAGCUAACGGACUUGCAGGUGUCCAGGCUUGUGCUUCCACGGCACAAUGCCUCGGAAUAUGUGCAGGGCAAUCUCAGGGGAUUGGUCCAAAGAGUUGCGACCAGCGAGCAGACUAUCCUGAGCUUGGCAAAUUCAAUCGCCUUGCCGACCUUAGAUGGCCAGCAGCUUGGGGACGUCUUCUUCACAAAUCAGGCUGUAGACUCUCGCGAGCAAGCAGUUUCAUGCAGCCUUUGUCCUGCAGGGAGGUUCUCUCUAUUCAUGGUGGAUCCGGUAGGACAUACUCACCGAUGCGCCCAGUGCCCACCCGGCACGCACCAAAACACGCGUGGCAAAGCUUCGUGUGAAGCUUGUGACCCUGGCAUGUUCGCCAGAAGUCCCGGUCAAGACUUGUGCUCACCUUGUCCCCGUGGCUCCUUUGCUGAAACUCUUGGAAUGAGCUCGUGCUUGAGUUGCGGAAAUGACACUGAGAGAACUACAACAGCUCUUGUGGAGGACGAGUGGAUGGAAAUCCAAGGGGCCAAGUCCGCUUCCGACUGCCGGUGUGCUCCAGGGAGCUUUCUGCAGAAUGACCAGUGCAUCCUGUGUGGAGUCGGAACUACGUGUCCGGGAUCAAAUGCUUUAAAAGUCCUCCCUGGUUUUCAUUGCAAGUCCGAUGAACCGGGACUAGUGUACAAGUGCUUCGGUAUCCCCGAACGGUGCCCAGGAGGUCUGCCAGGAUCUUGUGCAGCUGGAAGGGAUGCUAGCAGCCCUGGUUGCAGUGACUGUUUGUUUGGGUUGCAACCCGGUGGUGCAGAAUGCAAAGAAUGCUCAGGCGGCGAUUAUUUGCGUUUGGUUGCAUACGGUCUGCUGGUCAUUGCUGCCACUGCCACCUUGCACGUCUUGUUCUUUGUCGGUGGCCAUGGCAGUAAUCGCCUGCAAAGCAAGCUUGUGACAGCAGCCCUGUGCUGGAGCCAUUUGAUCACCUUUGCACAGUUCUUUGCCGUGAUGCGACAGAUACAGGCAGUAAAUUGGGCUGAUCCUUUCGUGAGUUUCUUGGAGUUCUUCGACGUUUUCUCGCUUCAGACAAUAUUGAGCUCGCUGUCUAGCAUCAACUGCUUCACAAGGUUGACGCCAGAAGCAAGUUUCCUUGCUCGCACCCUUCUGGUCCCCAUGUUUUUUGCGGUGGGGCCCAGCAUGUCGCACGCCGGCUUCGUGCUUGCAGCCCAAAGGCGUCGCCCGCAAGAAGCACCUAGAAUUGCGUGGCUUUUCGGGACUUUGGGAUCUUUGUGCUUACUUUUCUUUAUCAUGAUGUGUUUUAUCUGCUUGGAACCGUUCCGAUGCAAUGUGAAUCCAAAUGGUCUUGCCACCAUGCAGACCGAACAUGGUGUCUUCUGCGACCUCACGGGGCAACAUUUGAGCUUGUGCAUUGUCGGCGGAGUGAUACUUCUGAUUCCUUUGGGCUUCUUGGCGCUGUCCACUUGGAUCAUUGCCAAAGAGCUUCCCAGGCGCGUGGCCAAAGGAGACACCGAAUUUGUCCGGACGACCUCAUUCUUGACGAUGAGGUUCAGGACAGGCCAUGAAGGCUUCACAGUGGUUUUCUUGCUGCGCAACAUGCUCCUGCCGAUCACACCUAUGUUUACUUCUACACCAAUAAGCCUUCUGGUGAUGGGGUCGCUCUUGACCAUAAGCGUGGCCGUAGUAGCUUAUUGGCAGCCGUGGCGCACUGUUCUCGGUACCCAGGUCGACGUCUUCGGGCAUGCUGUGCUGCUCAUGAUUUUGUUGUUGAGUGGUUUGAGCGUCCCAGAUCACGACGAUCCUUCAGUGAUGAUCUUCUGCACCGUUGCCGCCUUUCUCUUAGUGAUGGUCAUACUGUUAGCCGCGGUGUGCUCCCUGGUGCAAUACAUGAAGUCCAGGUUGCGGAAGCCAUUUAGCUUCUUCAUGUGUCACCAGAAAGCGACGACAGCUUCGCUGGCACGAUGGUUGAAGAUGGAACUUCAAGGCCGUGGUGCCAACUUCACAACCUUCCUUGACCUGGACAGUCUGACCGAUCUCACGGAGCUCUUCUCCUAUGUGAGUACUCACACGCAGAACUUUGUGAUUCUCGGCAGUCCCGGCAUCGUUGCCCGGAAGUGGUGCUUGGGAGAGAUAACGACGGCAAGACUCUCGAAGGUGCCGUCCAUUCUUGUAAGUUUGCCGAACUUCAACCUUCCCGAGGAAAGCUUCAUCAGGGAAAUUUCUACCAUUGUGCCAAACAUCUUGGAACUUACAACCUAUGGGUACGGCGUGUCUGAAGUAAAAGCAUCGUUGCACUGGCUUGCUUCUUUGAAAACGAUAGCGGUGGAGAGGAUCUCUGCAGCGAGUAUAUGUGGGCUGGUUACUGAGCUGACACACACCGGGAACAACAGUAUAAGCGACAUGGCGCUCACAAGCGCAGGGGCUUGCGUUGUGGUAGACCACGAAAAUGCAGAAGCCCUAGCGUCAGCCUAUGUACUGACACGCUUCCUGGCACCAAUCAUGAUGGAUCGUGGCACACCGGUUAUGGUGCUCCCUCCGGAAACCCCGGACAUCCGACUGGAGCAAAUUCAGCCCACGGCAAUAGUUUUGAUAUGCUCGGAGAAUUGCUUUGCUACUCAAUUUAUCAAGAAGUGCAUUUUGAAAGCGCGCUUCCUCCUCUCCUGUUCGGUCUUGCCAGUGAUAUUGGAUGAAGGCUUUGUGGGGAAUUCAUCGCUGCCAACGACCGAAGCUGACGAGGAUGGAGCGGCUUAUCGAAGUGUACUCGCGGCUGUCUUUUUAGAAGUGGCACUGCCUUUUCCAACGCGAACAAGUUCGGAGGAUGACUUACUUGUCCGUGCUUCGCACAUUGGGCGGCGACUCUCACCAGGAACCCUGAAAACUCUUCGGUCCAAGCUGUGGAUGACAAGCAAAACGCCCGAAAGCAACGAUGCAGAUUUAACCUUGUACGAGGGUGGAUGGCCCUCUCCACAAGAAGGUGAGAUGGUGUUCCAGGCGUUCUGA